GGUGCGAGGCCGGAGCGUCGGCGCGGCGGUUGGGGAGACGGUUAUUCCGCGUGCGUAAUGGCGGCCUGGGCGCACGCCCUGCGAAGCCGGAGGCCGCGGGGGCGGGGUGCCGAGGGGAAAGGAGAAUGGCGCGUGGCCGUGUGGGGUGCGCGUCUCGCGGGGCGCAGCCGGGUCCCGGAGGACGGGCUUGUUUUGUUUUUCUGGUUUUUUUUUUUUUUUUGCGGGUGCCCUUGCUGGGCCCGGCCCGCCCGGCUCCCUCCCCAUCCCCCGCCCUCGGCGGCGGCGGCUGCCAUUUUGCGCACAUUGACGACCGCGGUGGCGCAUUUCCUCCGGCGCUUUCCCGCCACUGGACCCGACAGGAUCUGGUCGCGGUCGCGAAAUGACGGUUGCAUAUGGGAGACGGAGCGAGCGAGCCGGGCGUCCUCUUCGCUCCCAAGUGAAACCAAGGUGUAUGUUGGUAACCUGGGAACUGGUGCUGGCAAAGGAGAGUUAGAAAGGGCGUUCAGUUAUUAUGGGCCUUUAAGAACUGUGUGGAUUGCGAGGAAUCCUCCAGGAUUUGCCUUCGUGGAAUUUGAAGACCCUAGGGAUGCAGAGGAUGCUGUUCGAGGACUGGAUGGAAAAGUGAUUUGUGGUUCCCGAGUGAGGGUUGAGCUAUCCACAGGCAUGCCCCGGAGAUCACGUUUUGAUAGGCCACCUGCCCGACGUCCCUUUGAUCCCAAUGACAGAUGCUAUGAAUGUGGUGAAAAGGGACAUUAUGCUUAUGAUUGUCAUCGCUAUAGCCGACGAAGAAGAAGCAGGUCGAGGUCUAGAUCACAUUCACGAUCCAGAGGAAGGCGAUAUUCCCGCUCACGCAGCAGGAGCAGGGGACGGAGGUCAAGAUCCGCAUCUCCCCGACGAUCAAGAUCUGUGUCUCUCCGUAGAUCGAGAUCAGCUUCGCUCAGGAGGUCUAGGUCUGGUUCUAUAAAAGGAUCGAGGUAUUUCCAAUCUCGGUCAAGAUCAAGGUCAAGAUCCAGGUCUCUUUCGCGGCCAAGAAGCAGCCGAUCAAAGUCCAGAUCUCCAUCUCCAAAAAGAAGUCGUUCCCCAUCAGGAAGUCCUCGCAGAAGUGCAAGUCCAGAAAGAAUGGACUGAAGUUCAAGUUCACCUUUUAGGGAAAAGUUAUUUUGUUUACAUUAUUAUAAGGGAUUCGUUAUGUCUUUAAAGUAAAACUUAGGAAGGAUAUUUCAACCAUCUAAUCAAAAUGGAUCUGGAUUAUUACUCUGUAAAUUCACAGCAGUAAGAUAAUAUACAUUUUUGUUGAAUGUAUUAACAUCCUAUGGUCUGAAAUGUGGGUUUUUAUUUGGCACAUUUAAAUAAAAUGUUUCUAACUAGA